AUGGGCCGCCUCCUGCUCCACCACCACCACCACCACCACCACCACCUGUAUUUCCUGUUGAUCCUGCUCCUUCUUGUUUGCCAGUUCCCUGCAGUCAGCGGGUUGUUUGAGUGGCUGAAGCAGACUAACGAUCCUCCUAAAGCAGCACCUCCUUCACCUGCAGCAGCUCCUGUAUCUCCAGGAGUUCUCUCUAAGGAUGCUCAGUUUGAAAUAACCACGGCUGAUGAGAAGUUUUUAGCUGAGGCAAAACAGCUGCAGCUCAGUCCUUUAGACAGCUGUCAUCAUGGGGUGGUUGCCAGACUGAAGGCGAGCUGUGAAAGCCUCUCAGAGGAGCAGCUCGCCAAGCUCGGAGUUGUUCUGUUUAACUGCCAGGCAGAGAUCGAGGGGCGCAGGACGUACCCCUGCACGGAGGAAAUGAGUUUAAAAGAGUGCACGGCGGACAUGGAUUCAGACACGUGGAAUGCAUACCACAUAGUGAGCAACAGAGCACGCUCCGUGUGCUACGCCACUCGCCAGCAGCUCUUCAGACGCAGGGCCGAGCACACCGUCAAUGCUCUCAUCUCCACGGCGACCAGCCAGCUCGAUUCAAUGAAAGAGCUGAAGGAGGGCCAGUUGGAGCUGAGGGAAAUGACCGCGGCCUCGCUGGAUAAGGUGCUUCAGGGCCAUAGCGCCCUGCAGGCCCAGCAGGGGAAGCUGCACGAGGGCCAGGAGCACAUGGAGAGUUCACUGAAGGAUAACCUGGAGCGUCUGGGACAGGAGAAAGCUCUCAUCGCCUCGGGACAGGAGUUGGUAGCCCAGCUCAUUCACGGCAUCACAAGGAGAAUGGAGAAUGUCAGUGACAAUCUGCAGGUGCAGGGUUUGGAGGUUCAGGACAACCACAAAGCGAUCGUUAAAGACCUCGCAGACGUCCGACACCAAGCUCAGGACAUCUACCAAAAAAUCGACCACAGUAUGUCAGAGUUUCUGCAGUACCAGGACCAGACCUCCCAGUACUACACCGACCUGAUGAACAAACUGGAGCGUAUGAACAGCACGCUGGGAGUCAUGCUGCAUUACAUCGAUAACAUGCAGAACCGGAUAGAGGACAGACUCCACGUGAUCCAGGGUUACCUUGGCUGGGCAGGUUUGAGCCUGACAGCCAUGUGGUCGUGUAUUGCACAUACUGGUUAUUUCGUAGUGUGUGCCGUCCUGCUGACGUUCCUGCGGUGUCCUGGUUUCUCUCGUGCGAUGCUGCUGCUCACCGUGCCUCUGAACGCAGUAGCUGAAAUCAACCAGCAGCCGGCGCUAGAUCUCACCAGCCUCAGCCUGCUGCUCCUCACUCUGUCUCUGGCUCACUGGUUUAUGAAUCAGGUGUUGGCCACCUUCCAGAUCAGAGGGAAGCCGAUGGCCCCGCUGUUACUGCCCUCCUGUGAAAUUGUGGAGCCACAGAAGCCGGUUUCAUCCAGCCCAACAUAUCCGCCAUCGUCGACUCCACAGAAAGAAGAAAAGGACGACUUCAUUGAGAAAGACGACGUGUUGAAUCAGGACAGCUUCCUAUCAGGUGAUGUUGGCAUCGCAGUCGUGUCUCCCUCUCACAGGAAACCAAUACCAGAGUCCAGGUUUAUUCCUAUCAUUGGUACACCGAAUCAGUCCACUCCCAGAUUUCGACCACAUGCAGUUCUGUCAGCGGGUCUAAUUGAUGAUAUACCUUCGAGGAACCUGGGAUUUGUUUUUGAUACAGUGAACGACUCGCAUGAUUUCGGGAAUGACUCAAGAAGUGCAAGUCCGACUCCGUCACUGAUCAGCAACAGCUCUCUGUCGGGUCGUCAGCUUUGCAACGGCAUCACCAAGACGGGGAAGGCUUGUAAGAAGAGAGCCGUACCGGGACAAGAGUACUGCCGAGUCCACGAGGGGGGCCACGCGUCUUACGUUCACUCCUGAAAUGCAAAACUUCUCCUCUAUUAGCUCAAACUUUCUUUGGCUGAGGUUUUACUGUUUGCUGUUAUUGUGUCGUUAUUGUCAGUUCUGCUUUCUCUGCUUGAAGAUGAGUUUGCUAAGAGAUGCACUACAAUAAGCAUGGUUUUUAAAUGGUUUUAU